AUGUUAUAUGCCUCGAAUUUGAUUCGAUGGCUGCAGCGCAAACGCUACCAAUAUGAGGUCACUUUCUCGCUUUACAUGCUCACGCCCACCGAGAAGUUCAUCUUCAACACAUUCCUCCUUCUCUUCAUUUCAAUGAUCAUCGUCGCCGCGUCGCUAUAUCUCCCUGAACACGUUAUGAAAAUGGCUAGCAGAGCAUGGUUCUAUUAUGCUGGGGACGAGACUGCGGCAGGGGUGGGGACAAGAGCUGGGUCUGGCGCUGGCGCCGGUGCCGCAGGAGCGAGACAGGGUGACUCAGGAAAAGCUGGGGGGAGAACGGACGGGCAGGAUGUGCUCAACAUGCUGGGUUCGCUAUAG